AUGGAGAAAGAGAAAGGGAAUAACUGCACAUCACCAAAUGAGUUCCUCCUGCUGGGAAUGGGGAACAUCCCCUCACUCCACACACCACUCUUCCUCCUCUUGCUCCUGAUCUACUUGGUGACCGUGGUUGGGAACAGCCUCGUUGUUGUGCUGGUGGUGGCAGACCAGCAUCUGCACAGCCCCAUGUACUUCUUCCUGGGCAAUCUGUCCUUUCUAGAGGCCUGCUACAGCUCCACCAUCGUGCCCCAGCUGUUGGCCAACUUCCUGACUGGGGACAGGACUAUCUCUGCUCAGGGUUGUAUGACUCAGCUCUAUUUCUUCAUUGGUUUUGCAGCUACAGAAUGUUUCCUGCUGGCAGCCAUGUCCUAUGAUCGGUUAAAGUUCUGUGGCCCUGCUGCAACUGACAACUUCUUCUGUGAUUUUACUCCUUUGCCGGAGCUCGCCUGCACUGACACCAGUGUAGUUAAAACAGUAACUUUCAUCCUGACUCUCCUGGAUUCAGUCUUCCCCUUCCUGAUCACGCUGGCCUCCUACGUGUCCAUCAUAAUUGCCAUCCUGAGGAUCCCCUCCAGCAUGGGCACGCAGAAGGCCUUCUCCACCUGCUCCUCGCGCCUCACUGUCGUCACUGUUUUCUAUGGCACCCUCAUCAUUGUCUACAUGCUGCCCAGAACCACAGACUCAGACAGCUCAACAAGGUGUUCUCCUUCUUCUACACCAUCCUCACCACCCUGGUCAAUCUCCUCACCUACAGUCUGCAGAGCAAGGAGCUCAGGAAGGCCCUGA